GGAUCCAAAUCCUCAAUAUGCAGAAAAAUUUAUUUUACUCGAUACGUUAUUUUGCUACUAGUAUUUCUUUUCACUUUCUUCUCAAACUAAAAAAGGGAAAAGGAAUUUUUAAUAUUUCGUUAUUUUCUUUCUUUUCUCCAACAUCCAAAGGGUUUGUUUGGAACCUAUGAAAAAAAAGAGAAAAUAAUUUUUCCGUGACUCCCAAAUUAAUAGACGUGAUAAUUGAAAGGUUUUUUUAUUUUUUUUGGAAGAGGUAAAAUACAAGGCAAUUAACCGACUAUUGAAGAAAUACUGAUCGUAGUGCUUGCUCAUGGCGUCUUCAUCCAAUCAGCCGGGCGAGAAUAUGGCCAUCAGCACUUCAAAACCAGAGAAUGAUGAAUUCUGGAGAUACAUACCACUCUAUCAAGCUGCACUUCGAGCAGAUUGGGCGCUCGCCAAAAGAUUCUCCGAGGAACAUGAAGGCGCUCUUGCACGGAUUAUCAAAACCUUUGAAGAAACAGCACUUCAAAUAGCAGUUGGGGCGGGCAGAUCAACCAGGGCAAUCAAUUUCAUAAGGAACUUGGUGGAUAAGAUGCCACCAGAGGCGCUAGAAAUCGUUAACGCAUACAAGCGCAGUGCCCUUUUCAAUGCUGCGUGGAUGGGAAACACCGAAGCCGUAAAAAUCAUCUGGCAGAAACGACCGUCGUUGGUGUUUGACAGGGAUAAAUAUGGUUAUUCUCCGCUUGACAUUGCUGCUGUAAAUGCUAAGAAGGACACCCUUUUAUAUUUGUUGGACGUCACUAAGGAUGAUCCUUUUUCCAAGCUCUUCCCCGAUGAGGAUUCUGCUGCGCAUUUGCUCAUUUCCGUAAUAACAUCCGGAUAUUAUGAGAUAGCUUUGUAUUUAGUUGAAAAAUAUCCGAAAUUAGCCGUCUCAAGACGAAAAAAUGGUGAUUGUGGAUUGCAAGCAUUAGCAAGAAAGUGUUCUGCAUUCAAGAGUGGCAGCCGCCAUCAAUGGUGGCAACGCGUGAUCUAUAAUCAUGUUCCUGUGAAGUUGAACGAUUUCGCUGUAAGCCAUAGCAGAGGAGAUGAUAUUGAGAACGCAGUUGACGACCCUCAAGUUGCGGGACAGAAAUACAAAUGGGCUGCUAGACUUUUGGUGCAAUACUGCUGCAUUUCCGCCGUGCCUUGUAUUAAAAACAUCCAAGAGCAAAAGGAGAUGCAUCAUCAAGCUCUUAAAUUGCUCAAAUGUUUGUGUGAGCGAGUUAGAUCUCUAAAUGACUCAAACGCUUAUGACUCACACAUAAAUGAAGCAAUUUAUAAUGCAACAAAGCUAGGGAUUCACGAGGUUAUAGAAGGAAUUGUGGAAUCAUUUCCUAUUUUUGCUAUGGUUAAGCAAAAGGAUGGAUGGAACUUAUUUCAAAUGGCAGUUAUAGAGCGUCAUGCGAAUGUUUUCAACUUGAUAUAUCAGAUGGAAGAUUUUCGAGCCGUUAUAGUGUAUUGGAAAGAUGAUUCUGGAAACAACCUCCUGCACUUGGCCGGAAGACAAGCACCUUCAAACAAACUCAACCUGGUUUCUGGUGCAGCUCUGCAAAUGCAACGUGAAUUACAGUGGUUUCAGGAAGUAAAGAAGUUGGCGAAUCCCCAUGAUACAGAGUGUCGAAAUAAUAAUGAUCAAACUCCUGCAAUGCUAUUUUUUCAAGAACAUGAAAAAUUAGUAGCUGAAGGAGAAACAUGGAUGAAAGACACGGCAAACUCAUGCACGAUUCCGUCAGCACUGAUUGUCACUAUGGUAUUUGCGGCUGCAAUCACCGUUCCAGGCGGGAUCAAUGUUAUAGACGGCCUACCUUUUUUCUCUAAAGAAGCGGCAUUUAAGAUCUUUGUUAUUUCCGAUACAAUCUCGCUAUUCGCAUCAAUCACUUCUCUUAUGGUAUUCUUGUCCAUCCUCACUUCACGCUAUGCCGAGGGUGAUUUUCUCUUUGUUCUUCCCAAUAGGCUGAUUAUUGGUUUGGCUACCCUUUUCCUCUCCAUUACAGCAAUGGUGAUAGCCUUCAGUUGUGCACUCUAUCUUCUGGUUGGGAACAGUGAUAAGGCGUGGAUGCUUUAUCCAGUGGCUGCAUUAGCAUUUAUACCAAUCUUUUCUUUCACCUCCCUACAGUUCCCCCUCCUUCGAGAUCUCAUGGUGUCAACAUAUGGCCCUAGAAUUUUCGGCAAACAAAGUGAUCAUCCGUUUUAUUGAGAAGAUGAGAUAGAUAUAAACAAGCAUGGGCGGCAUCAAAAUAUGUCUACCAAUUCUGUUUGCAUUGACUGAAAGGGAAGUUAGGGUCUGUAUCAGUUCUUGGAAGCAUGUGAAAAACAAUGUGGGUAACUAUAGGCUAAUUGCAAAUGAUUGGCCUAAAUAAAUCUUUCUUAAAAGAC